CAGACUGUCCGUGCCGCCGGGCAUGAUCAGACCGAAUCGAACCCGUUCCUUUCCCCCUAAUAAAUCCUUCUUGCCUUCUAUUCUUCCGUUCUAUUUCUUUUUCCGAGGACGAUCGGUGUUCUUCCGCUGCUUCUCAUGGCGAAUUCACUCUAUGGUUCCGGCGCUCUUCGAUCCAGCAGGGAAGGCCUCACCUCGAGGCCCGCGGCUAGCUCGGACGAGAUCCAGUUGCGGAUCGAUCCGAUGCACGCGGACUUGGACGAGGAAAUCUCCGGCCUCCACAAAAAGAUUCGGCUGUUGAAAGGCGUAGCUCAAGAAAUAGAAACGGAAGCAAGGUUUCAGAAUGACUUCAUAUCUCAAUUGCAAAUGACUCUUAUAAAAGCUCAGGCUGCAGUGAAGAACAAUAUGAGGAGGAUGAACAAAAGCAUCAUCCAGCAGGGCUCAAACCAUGUAGUCCAUGUCAUCCUGUUUGCUCUCUUCUGUUUCUUUGUAGUCUAUCUGCUAUCCAAAUUCUCUAGAAGAUGAGGAAAGGAGAUGUGAGAGGAGAUGGGAAGGCAACAUGAAUGAGGAUUUGAUGCUUCUCCAGUUUUCAUUGUAUUACUUCGAUGGAGUUGUUGAGGUAACAGUGGUGAAAAAUAAUUGGACGGGUGGUGGCCAGCAUUGAGACCUCAAAUGUUGAAUCAUGUUAACCUGAAUAGGGACAUAUAUUAUCCUAUAAUUAAAUAUAUGAAAGUAGCUCAGAUCCAUAGUUGCUUAACCUUCCAGUUACAGGUGCUUUUAUUGUUUUUA